AUGCGGACGGUGUGCCUCCACAAGAGUCAGUGGGGAAAAACUUUGGCGUGCAGCUGCAGCAUUGUGCUGGCGUGGCUGCUGUCUUUCAGGUUGUCGCCCACACUGCAGCUUUGUGCGACAUCUAGAGCCGGAGCAGGCAUUGAGCCUCGGACCAUUGAGUUGCGUCGUGGUCUUCGGAUUCCACGGCUGGGAUUUGGCACCGGCAGGCCAGGAGGCUCGAGAGACCCAGGGGUCACAUUGGAGCAGGGUCGAAAGAGACUGGUGGAAGCGCUCAACGUGGCUAUCCAUGCAGGCUAUCGGUUGGUUGACACCAGCCUAUCCUCAGGCAUGGAGUCAACCAUCAUAGAAGGAAUUCGGAAGUCUGGUGUGCAGCCGAGCGAAGUUGUCAUUGCCACGAAGCUGCUUCAGCACGCACAUUCUUCUCCCACCGCUGUGCGCUCUUCUUUGGAAGAUUCCUUGCGCAACCUGAAGUCCGAGUGCAUAGACCUGUACCUGUUGCAGAGCCCCAGAGGCGGCAUGAUCAGCAAGGUUUGGACCCAGCUGCUGGCUCUCCGAGAUGCAGGUUUGAUCCGUGCUGUGGGCGUGUCGAACUUCGGCAUUCAGCAGCUGGAGGGCAUGCGAAUGUCUGGCCUGGAGCUCCCGGAAGUGAACCAAGUGGAAGUCCACUGUUGGAGGCAGAUGCAAGACCUGACGGCGUACCACCGGAAUCACCGAAUCGCCACCAUGGGGAUGGCACCGCUGGCCCGAGGGGAAAUGUUCAACAAAACUGAUGUGGCAAACAUCGCGUGUGAAGUUGGACGCAGUGAAGCAUCUAUCGCAGUGCGAUGGAGCAUGCAGAUGGGUUUUAUCCCGCUCCCAAGGUCUGUGCGACCGGACCGAAUCCGCGAAAACUCAGCAGCAGGCUUCACACUCACAGAGUGUCAAAUGGAAAGGAUAGCCAGGGUGGACUCGAACUACACCUCAUGCACGAAGGCGUCUCCGUGCUCGAGGCUUCCAUGGGCCGCAGUUGCUGAGCAAAUUCCGGAUAAGGCGAUGUGGGACGAAAGCAAGCAGCGUAAGGCCGAAGCAGCUAAUUUCCGGCAAGAGCGAAGAAAGGAACGAGCUCGGAAGGCCAUGCUGAAGAUGCAGCGCCAGCUCGCGGCACAGGCCUUGCACUCGGGCAACGGUCUUUCAGCUUCGUGUCCCAUCUUUUGUGGUGCCAAGCUGGUGCAGUUUCUCGGCGGAAGUUGCAGCUGGCAGGAGGUCAAGGACAAAGCUGUUGGAAUGCACACCGCAGCUCACAACAAGGGUGGCAACAUCGCUAAAUUUCUUUUGGGCCCUGACUGCCAGCAGCACUUCCUCGAUGAGGCUUCCCUCCUGGAGCACAUCGCAGCAAUUCAUGGGCGUGCUCUUUCAGUCUCGGGGGGCAGGUUUGGUGGACAGUCUGACCAGCUUGAUCUGCUUCACUCGUGCUCUCCACAGAAGCACCCACGAUGUGACGAAAUCCUGGAGCACCUUCAGCUGGUAUCACUAGGAUCCUUUUGUGGGAUGAAGCUCUCGAUUCAGCGGCUUGGCCUGGGAACUGCACACCUUCCUUUUGAUUGGAUUCGAAGCACACAAGCGGGAGUCGAGCAUUUUCUUCAGACUGGCUUUAGCGACUUCUUCUGCGUGGCCAGGAAGCUGGAAAUCGAGUCUGCUGCGUUGACGGUGCAUCGCGGAGAGCAUCAUUCCUUUUGGCACGAUGACGUCGGCCAAGCUGCUGUGAGAGACAAGCUGCGCCGGCGCGUUGUACGAUUCCUGGAGUUGGCAAGUGGCUUUCGCAAUCAGUCACGGGACUUCCUCUUCCUCCGCAGCUGCGCAUGCACCUCCGAGCUUCGUCAUGCCGAGGAUCUCUAUGCCGCUCUAGCCCAGUGCUUCAAACCUGGACAAGGGAACAGUCCGCGGGUGCUGCUGGCGAUCAUCGUUGAUGGCCAGGCACAGCGCCAGGGUCCCAUUCGUCAUGCUUCACUGCCAGGCCUUGUUUUCUUCACACAGGAGCAGCUGAGUGAAGAAGAAACAGCAGAUAGUCAGGCAUACUGUUGGGCAAUUGGUGCGGCCUGUGACGCAGCACUCCUGGAGUGUGCGCAAGGAUUUUCCGUUCAGCCGGGGCAGAGAGUGGUCCAGAGCGGCACGGAGCUGGCCAAUGGUGGACACUGCGGAGGCGAAUGGUAUCCGCCUCUGCAGUUCUGCGAUGCAGGCCUGCAUUCAGGUUAUGGAGUAAGCUGUUUCGAAGCACCCGGAGCAGCACACCUGAACCUGGAUGCUGAUGUGGGCCGUGACGUGGACGACCCG